AUGCUCAAGUACGACAGCUGCUAUCACAUGGGCCGUGUUGGCACGCCAUCUGUGUCGUUCAAUCGUUUCAAGACGAUGGCAGACGCUCUCAAAGCCACUGGAAAAAACAUCCUCUUCAACUUGUGCAACUGGGGAGAGGACCUCGUUCAUACGUGGGGCAUGUCCAUCGCCAACUCCUGGCGUAUCACAGGCGAUAUCUACGAUUCGUUCUCUCGCCCAGACGACCUCUGCGGUUGCAACACUGUUGCACCCGGUGAUGUAAACUGUGUGGCGCCAGGCACUCACUGCUCGACACUCUUCAUUCUCAACAAGGUUGCGCCUUUUGCGGACCGCAGUAUCCCCGGCGGAUGGAGCGAUCUUGACAUGCUUGAAGUUGGCCAAGGCGGCCAGACCGAUGAAGAGUACAAAGCGCACUUUGCACUUUGGGCCGCGAUCAAAUCACCGUUGUUCCUAGGUAACGACCUGCGGAGUAUGCCCGCUUCGGCUCUGACCAUCAUCAACAACCCUGCCAUCAUUGCCCUCAGUCAAGACCCUCAUGGUCGAAGUGUGACACGCGUUCGACGCGACACUGAAGGCGUAGCAAAGGAUGAGUGGGGCAUGGGCGAGACGCACGUCUGGGCCGGCCAUCUCCACAACGGCGAUGAGGUUGUCAUUCUGUUGAAUGCCGGUGGUGAAGAUAUGGAGAUGAGCGUCACCCUCGCUGAGAUCUUUAUCCCUUACGGACCUGGCGGAUCUGCGCCUCACGUCAAGUACGACUGGGCGAUCCAUGAUCUUUGGCGGAGUCGGAUGCCUGAUUCUAUCGCCGAGGAACUGCUCGCGGCAAAGAAGGAAGAGGAGCGUGAGUCCAUCUUGAAGAAGGCGAACUGGUACAAUUCCACGGAAAUUCCUUACGCAAAGGGUCUGGCGCAGGAGGACCCACGUCUCUUUGGCGAGAAGAUUGGUGUUGUUGAGGCUGGUGGUGUGCUGAAGGCAGAUGUGAAGAGCCAUGCUGCGCGCGUUUUCAGGCUGCGCAGAAUUGCGAAGGAAGGAGACGAGUUUGAGGCUAAGAGCAUCUCGAGGGAGGACCAUGAUGAGUUGUAA